UCGUUGUUGAGAGGAAACGAUGCGUUUCUGGUCGACGUGAGCUCUUCAGGAGCAGCGUCGCAGCUCGGGAGCAAUUGGGUUUGCAAAAAAACAUCGAAUUUUUUUGGGGAAGAAUUGAUGAGGUGAAGAAUUGUUGCACACUUGCUCGCAAGCUGGUGCUGCAGCUAUGGCGGGCCAAAUGGCACUGGGAGGGGGACUUUCGACCUCUCAUCUCUGCAGCAGUAGCAUCACCCGCUCGGAAUCCUCUUUGUCUUCCUCUAAUCCGUCGAAAUUGCAGCCACGCGCAUUUGGGAGCACCUCGAACAUUAGGGUGCACAAUGCGAGCUCCGUUGUCGCGAGUGCUAAGAAGAAAGGGUGGUUCGACGACCCUUUCGACUAUGGCGCCGACGAAGAGGAGGACACGAUGGGAGAGCUGAUGUCGCAGGGUCCGCAGGAAGCAGAGGACCCCAGACCCUCCAGGGAUCCCGACAGCGAGUCUGGGUACUUGGACUUCCCCGCGGGCUUUAUGCCCGAAGUAGCCAGCCUGGGCACGUUGAUUCGGAACGAUGUGCGGCGCUGCCUGUGCAUGGUCUCUGGAGGCGUUUACGAGAACCUGCUCUUCUUCCCCGUCAUUCAGAUGCUGAAGAAUCGUUAUCCCGGAGUGAGGAUUGACGUCAUGGCGACACCCAGAGGCAAGCAGACUUAUGAGAUGAACAAAAAUGUUCGGAUGGCGUGGGUACAUCCUGUGGACGACCAGUUUCUAAGGCCCGUGGACUUCACUGAGACUAUAGGGAAAAUCAAGGGUGAAUAUUAUGACCUGGUGGUAUCAACAAAACUGGCUGGCUUGGGCCAGUCUAUAUUCUUCUGGCUUGCUUCGGUGCGCAACAAAGUCAGCUACACAUUUCCAGACGUGAAUGCCGCUGGAGCGACUAAAUUUCUUGACGUUGCUAUCAAGGCCCCGCAAUUGGAGUUGGCAGAGAGUGGGUUCAACAUGUAUGCCGAAAUGAUUGAGGAGCUCAGCCAAAUGGGAAAGAAUUUGCCCAAAACUGAAGCACCUCCGCUGGAAGUUGGGAUUGGUAGGAAGGUAAAAGCAUACGUUGAAAACAAGUACUUAGAAGCAGGUCUGAGUGAGGGUGAGUUCCUGGUAUUCCACGGAAUUAAAAGCGACUCAAGCGCAUCCAUGACGUCAAGGGGAGACAAGGACAGCCUCCUCCCCAUCGAAAUGUGGGCAGAGAUCGCGAAGUCUACCAGUGAAAAAGUGGUCUUCGUCAUUCCAAACGAGAAACUGAGAUCGAAAGUGAAAGAGUCCUGCGGGGAGAACACCCAUAUUGUCUUCAUCACCACCCCCAGCCAGCUGGGAGCCUUGAUCAAUGCCUCCACUGGAGUUGUGACCACCAACACGGCUGCAUUACAGUUAGCUAUUGCUUUGAAGAAACCCACGGUUUCAUUAUUUGCAUCUCAGGAGAAGGCAAAGCUGUUCAUUCCAGAGUAUGCCAGGGACUCCUGUGCAGUAGUGGCCUCGAAGACUGGCAAGCUGUCUAACCUUGACGUGAAGGCAGUAACAAUGGCUCUGUCAACUAUUGCCAAGGAAGCUCUAGUUGCUGCCUAGUGUAGAGAUGUUCUUCGUUGAAUUUCUUAUGUAUUUGUGCAAUGAGGCCAUGUUUCCUACACGCACUUUGUCUGUAGCAGCCACCCCAAAUUGUUUAUCCAAAAUGGUUCAUGACAUUGCUUCUGUUAUGUUAA